AUGGCACAAAAAUAUGAUCACUAUGAUUUGAGAAAGCAACAAUGCCAACCUGUAUUUGAAUUAUGUGAACAGAAUAUAGGCUCAAAUUUAUUUAGGAAUAAUUUCUAAAUAUCUUUGAAAGGUACAGAUGGUAUACAAAUUAAAAAAUCCUUGAAGAAACUCACAUUAUUAAUCGAAACCGAUAUUUGUGCUUAACAUAUAGAAUAAUCACAAGAUGAGAACUCAACAACACAUAAUAUUAUAACUUUGUAACUCCUUAUAAGAAGAAUUUCAAAAAGGAUUGUGGAUGUUUUAGAGGUUUAAUAAAUCGUCCUUGCUUCAAGGAUUAUAUAGAUCUCACAAAUAAUUUUCAGACAUACAAAAUGGGUAGAGGUUUAUCUGUUUUGGAAAUUAGUAGAUGCCUAAUCAAUGUUGUGCAUUUCAUAGGAUAAAAAAUUCAAUUACUAUAGUGACAUUUAGUUGUUUUAAGCGCAGAUAUCGCACAGAAUGUAACGUUCGACAUUUAUUGUUUGGAUAUCAUUUCAGGUGAUGGACAGUGAACUACAAGAUUUGAAAUUGAUAUUAUAAAAGUUGCAUCCGGCUGAAAAUAAGAAGCUGAGUCCAAGGAUUAUUUUUAAAAGCCUUAAAUGCAAUAAGUGUAGACAUGUGAAUUCCAACAAGGUAACCCUGCUUUUGGCCAUUAAAUGCGAACAUGGCUGUUAUUGUGUUGCAGAAGGGCAAAUAAAGCAAGACAAUGACACUCGUUAGAGGUAUUCUUAAAAGAUUCAGAAGAAUUUAAAACAGGCAAGUAUUUUACCUGAUGUUAAUUUUUUAGAAAUUAUAAUUUAGGUUGUGGUCAUAUUUUAAUAAUUAAUUCGCGAAUUGUUGUAUAAGUUAGAACAAUUAGUAAUGAUUCAAGAAAAAUUACAUUUGGAGCACCAUUUGAUGAAGAAUCAUUCAACAUAAUCAUUGGCAUAUAAUUCAUCAGAGGCAAUUCUAAUAAAUAUCACCAAACACAACUAUAAAAUCUUAAAUUGGUUUUCGCAUACUGUUGUGCCUUUGUAGAUUUCAUUUAUCAUACUUUGUCCAUCUUCAUAUACUCAUAUUUUGAUUGAUAUCGCUACUUCUAAAUUAAAUAAUGAAUAUUGUGACUGUGUCUAAAUUCAACAAACUUUUUCAGAAUGUUACAUAAUUGGUAGUUGA